UAACACUGAUUCCCCGGUACCCCCGGUACUUGCCCGGUACUCGGUGAUCGGUCGUUUACAGGGGCUCUGAUAGGGGCUUUUUGCAGUGCCUAAACAAAAAAAUUAUCAAUAUUAUGAUAAAAGGCUUUUUUUAAAGUUAUUUAAUGGUCGUUUGAUCAUGUGUAUCGACAUUCCUUCUGCUAACCGCGUGUAAUACAGAUGUAAUUCGUUUAAUCAAGUGCAUUUUAUUUAGAGAAUAGAUUUGAAAUCAUGGAAAAAGAACCAGAUUUGCCUAUUUCUUCGGCUUCUAAUAUCAAGGAAAUGACGAAAAUAAACGAUAUCGAGGCUUCCGCUGCAAAUAGUGAUAUUAUACGAGAAGCAGAUGGAAGUAUAACAAAUUUCGAUGGCAUCGUUAAACGUAUGAAUGAAGACGUUUUGGUGGAUUAUCUUCAUGAUAUCCUGUCCUUUCUGUUGAACGACAGAUCACAAUUGCGUAUCAAAGCCUCAGGAUGUUCGGAAUUGUUUCUGGCGAAUCUGUUAAGAAGUUUAGACAAUUUAAAUUGUAAACAUUUCAAUAAGCGAUGCGCUAAUAUGACGAAACAGGUCGUCAAAGUAUUGGAUAAUAAUGCAGAUGUUUACAAGUGCAUCACUUCAUCCGAAAUCGUUGGAGGAAAGAAAUUUGUGGUUUAUAAAAAGGAACCCAUAUCCAAAUAUCAGAUGUCUGGUGAGGAAGACUCUUGCUGCUCAUCAUCUAAUCUGCAGUCUAUAACUGAAAACCUGCAAAGCGACUGUCCUAACCACCAAAACCACAAAGUGCCGCAAGACUUCAAAAUGCGCUGGUUGAAGACCACAUUGAGGUUCAUCAAAGAUGAAUCUAAACAUGUCUACAAAUACCCUGAAAUGUCACCAAUGGAAGCCACAUUUGUGUAUUCAAUAAUCACAAGGUGCAAGGAACAGACAGAUAUUUCACCAAACUCAUACUUUCUGCCACUCAAAGAGGCUAUGCAGAUAUUUGGCACAAAAUAUUUCUUCGAGUUGAACUACAUUCAUACCGAUCGUAAUGGGAAAAUGUUUUUAAUGCUGGAGAAGGUCCCAAAGAAUAUAAAGAGUAUCAUCGAAGGUGACAAAAGGUGCAGUCACCGUUUCAGAAACCUAAAAUUUAUCAAGCAGCCCAAGACCCGCACCUCAGAUGAAAAUCGAGCGACACGUGUGGUUUCGCGUUUGAAAAAUCAAGAGCGAUAUAAACCGGAGUCCAAUCGGCUGUGCGAACCCACAGCUGCAGAUUUUGAACGUCGGUUAAAAGAAAACCCAGGCGUUCACCCGAACCUGCACGUGUAUUAUACUCCCAAUCUGGACAUAUUUAACCAACUCGCGAGCAAGAACAGCCGCCAAAACUCUGCAGUGGGAAGAAGCGCCAUAGACAAUGUAGAUGGCGCGGGCAGUUCGCGCGGCGGACGCAGGGACAGAAGCUGCUCUGAGGCUAGGACGGACAAACUACUCAAAGACAUGUCAGUGCCGAUUAAGAGCGAUAAAGCCAUCAAAAUGAUGUACGGUAUGGGAUGGGACGGUGGUGCGUUGGGUGUGAGAGGCAACGGUAUCACCGAGCCGAUCAUACCUUCCCUUGAAUUAAUGUCUGGAGCAGGCCUCGGCCACACGUCUUCACCCAAAAAAGAACCAAGAGUUAACCAUCAGCAUCAAUCUGGAGCCGGUUUCGUCCACAUGCCUCCACCUAAAAAAGUGACAAAAGGUAAUAACUAUCCACACCAAUCUGGAGUAGCACGAUCCCAGACGCCUUCAGAAAAAAAAGAGCCAUUACGUAAUGUUCAGCAGCAAUCUGGAGCAAACUUAGGCCAGUCGCCUUUACGAGUAAUAGAGGCGUCAAAGAAGGUGGAAGUAGUUAAAGCACAACAUCAAAACGAUCGGCGACACAAUCGCCUAGAAAUGUUGCAGUACCUCCUCGACACGGUCACUUCAGAUGAUAACGCCAGAGAGCUUAAAUAUGACAGACGUAUUACGAAGAAAGAGAAAGGAUAUUUUAAACACCUGCUCCGCUGCGCCAACGAAAGAAACAGUAUCGGUGUCUCGGACCCGAACGAGCUGAGACUGUGGACCAGCAUCCUCAAGGGAAUGACGGAUAACCCCGAUUUGCACCUCAAAACAUCUAUAUCUGAUGAUUGCAAGCGGCUUCUGCUCGAGAAGGAUGAUACUCCUUACUUCUCAAAACAUAAAAAGAGGAAAUUACAGAGGAAGGCCUCUAUUACAAAUAUUCCACCACUGACAGAGGGCAACAAAAAAUAUAUAAGCAAUGACUUUCUACGUCAUCUAACUGAGAAUUAUGUAGCCGUUUACGUUGGCCGACAUAUUUCUACCAAAGCAGAAACUGGUGUCACAUUCAGAGUGGUGAUUCUUAUUCAUUUAUUAGAUACUGUUAAUAGCGAUCGUAUAGAGACACUGAUAGAAUUCGAAAAAAUCCUCAACGACAAAGAAAAAGAUUAUGUGGAGAACACUGUUAUGUCUGUAGGUACUAGAAAGAAACGCGGUGGUUCUAUGCUUGAAGAAGACCUGCUGCAGGAGAUAAGGUAUAACCUUGAAGGUUAUGUACUACGCAAGCACUUUAUCGAUGACAGGACAUUUGUAGUGCGCAAAAUUGAUAGAAAAAAUCUAGAGAAAACUUCGCUUGAUGUUUCAUACGCCACGUGUAGCACCGAUGAUAAUGAUAAAAAUUACCUUACCUCUCGCUGCUCAGACGACAGUGACGCAGGUCACGACGACAUCUUUGACAAUGACGACAAUGCCGAACCCAUUGACAACAAUGACCGGAGUGUAACAAACAAAGGUCCUGAAUUACAACAAACAAAAACUCAAGAAAACUCUUCUGCAGCUUUAAAUAUUGAAACAAAACUAUUACACGGAGCAGUGUCUGGGGGUGAAAAUAAAGAACAAAUUGAAUUGAUUGUAUUGGAUGAAGAUGAUGAUCCUGAAGACACAAACUCACAAGUGUAUGAAAUAAUGGAUGUCCAAGGUUAUGGUGUGGAAACAACAUGUCAUAGUUUUACACAUUUGGUUGUUGAAGAUGCGUUAAAAGAAACGAAAUGCGAUGUAUCAAAUACAGACAAUCAAGAUUUUGAAAAAGAUGCAGAAAUUCUUGAUCUAGCAACAGGUACGCUUGAAGAUACAGUAUCUCAUUUGCAAACAGAUAUGCCGUGUGUAGCAAAACACACAAAUUUUUAUUCUAAAACAAGUAUGGCACAUAUUGAAACUACUGGCACAGAAAUAAAAUCCGAUGUAGGAAGUUGUGAACAAAUCACCGCGACUCACUUGGAACCUAAUAUGCAUGGUAAAGGAGAUAACACCGGUAUAGUCGUGGAAGCAGUUAAACAGAAUAUAGAAAAAAUUGCGUUAAUGGAUGCUUGGAAAAGAGAUGGUAAUGGAAAAAGUUCAGUAUUUGAUGUACUAAAAUCAUAUGUAGAGCAUUUUAACAAAAAUCCAGAAAUGCGUAUACUACAAAAUAUUGAGCGUACAGAAAAAAAUACGGAAUCCAAUGUAUUAAAUAGAGAUUUAAAAGAAUUGAGAAAUGAAUCUGAGCAUAAUGUAACUAUACUUGCAGGUGAAAAAGAUGGCAAAUGUAUUGGGAAAGAAGAAACAAAUGUUGAGCUAUCAGAUGACAAAUGUAAGGAAGAUAUGGAGACAGACAUUCCAGAAACAUCAGAUGCUUUGAAGAUUUGUGCUCUUGAAGAUAGCAAAGUAAAUGAAGCUAAAUAUGUGAAACGCGUAUACUUAAUGCCAAGCGAAUACCCAAUCGUAGAAGUUGACACUGAGUUUGCCAAAAGCGUACAAUUUAUUAUAUCAAAAGAAAUAGAUGUGAGCACAGAGUUGCCACUAUUAAAGUGUCAUGGAGUCCAAAAUGGUGUCCUGAUCUACAGUUGCCACAGUGAAAACACUUUGCCAUGGCUAGAAAGAGUUUGUAUCGCCAAGAAUAUAAAAUUAGUAAUUCCUACAAACGACGUGGUGCGAUACAAAAUGUCAUUGAAAAUAAACUCUUUUAUUGAUUACACCAGCGACAAGUUGUUCAAGAUGUUGCGCCUCUACAAUGAAGGUUUGGCGACGGAGAAUUGGGUAGAACUAAACGUAAAUAAAAGUAGCGAUUCGCUAACAUUUAUUGUAGAAUUAGACGAUAAAUCUUUAAAGUAUAUAAAAGAGUCGAAUUUCUUGUUGUUCGCGGGUAUAGAUCAAGUACAGUUCCACCCUGUAUGGAACUAAUAACAUUUAGUAUUGUAAUCGUUACUAUAGUUAAGGGUCGAUCGCUUAUUGAAAGUGGACCAUAAACUAUUUCGUUUCCUUGUUAUUUCGUAGGACCAUGUUCAUGGUAAAACUAUUCUGCUGGUUUACAAAGUAACUGGAUUACAUUUUACAAGUAGAUUCUUGACUGCAGUAAAAUUUUAAAUCAUGUAUAUUUGGAAAAAAAAUUAUUGUUCAUUACAUCAGUAAUGAUAUUAAAAUGACAAUAUUUAUGAGCUACCUACAUAUAUGUAUGUGUGAGUAGACUAUAGAAUUAAUAAUCGUAUCAUAUUAUUCCAUUACUUACCCAUAAAAUAACCUUCCAGCAAGUUUUUGCUUUUAUUAUUAUCAACAGCUUGACGACCAAAGUGAUACCCUACAGUUGUGGAUGUAAACUUUACAUGCGUCUGACAAAUUACAUUAAUAAACACGAAUUACAUAUCAAAAACAUUAUGUUUUGAAAAAUGUUUACAUUCGAUAUUGAUAAUCUUUUUAAAAAGUUUAAAAAAUAACUUAUAUUUUAUAAUUGUGCUAAUUAUUCUUCCCAAAUUGACUAAAUUAAUAAUUAAAAAAAUAUCAUUAGACUGAGACAGGUGAAACUAUAGGGACGUCACACAACUACCAGACAUGCUAACUGUUUUGCAAGACGGAAGUGGAAUAUAAAGGAGUAUGUACAAAUCAAAUGGUUAUUUCUAAGAAAUUAAUCAAUCAAUUUAAAAUUAUUUUUUAAGAAAAAAGUACGAGGAAAUUGCACAAACACACCAAUCCGUUUCAAAGAAUUAUUAUUUACCUCAUAUUACUUAUGAAAGGGGCCUUUCAAUCACCUAUCGACCCUUAUCGAUGUCUUUAUAAGGUAUAUUAAAUGUGAUUAUAUAUACAAUAUACACUUUAAGUGAUGGUAGAUUAAAUCUCAAAAUGCUAGCAUCUAAGUUAUUUCACGUAUUAUUAUAAAUUAUAUUUCUGUGAUUAUCAAUGACUGUAAAAACUCUAUUUUUUUUUCAAAACAAUAAUAUUGUGGUUCUAUUUAGUUAGUAGUUUUUAAAAUAAUUACUUCAAAAUGUUACCAUGCUUGAAAAGCGGAAAGACUAAAUUAAAAUGUUAUAUGUGUGAUAAUUUUAAUGUUUGUCUUGAAUAUGAUGUAACGGGAUUCUGGUUAUUUAAUAAGUUGUGUACAUUUUGGUGAAUGCUAUUGGUAUGAAGGAGUGAUUGUGUUUUGGUAUAAGUGGACCAGAAGGUCGAGCUUCGUGUAGUCAAACAAGUGAUAAAUCUUUUUUGAUAAAGAUUUUUUAUGCCUAAGGGAAAGAUCUCAACAAACGAGUGUAAUUGUAUAGAAUAUCAGAACUACCAAAUAUGUCAGUACUGUUGAACCGUAAUCUGGUGGUAGUCAAAAAACGCGCAGGCAAACUUAUCCCUGCUUAAAUGAAACAAUAUCGCACACCAACUUUUGUUUUAAUUGAUAUGCACCUAUAUUGAUUAAUUAUUACCAAACUUCUAUAGGACAUGACAAAUAGUUACUAAACAGAAUAGUUUUGAAAAGAAAAGGCUAGAUUUUCACGAAAGUGUUACAUACCCUUGUAACUCAACUCAAAAAAUAACAUUGUUUUGCGCAUAUUUUGACAAUCAUCCAAUUAACUUCAUGAUCAUCAUCAUCAGCCACCAUGCAAUUUAUUAUUUGGCACAAAUUUAUUACUAAGCCGUCUAUUAUUUUAAAUAACGCGGUAUAUUUCGUGCAUCCUUAUAAAUCAGUGUUAUAAAUGUAUUAAUCUGAUCUAUUUGCGAGAAAAAAGCAGAACCACUGAGUAGUGUUUUAUGUCUACUUUAAAUAAAUAUUCUUUGUGAAUACAUUUACAAGUAAUAUUAAAAUUACAAAAUUAACAAUAUAUUACUCUACAUUUUUAUAUUUAUUAGAAAAUGUAUUACUUUUCACAAUAUAUUUCAGGUUAUAAAAUAUUUUGCAUUUUAAAUUAAAUGUGUAGUUUUAUAGACUCAAGUAUAGUUGGUUAUAUUACCAGUGAUCUUUGUGAAAUGUUUUACAAAAUAAGUUGUAAUAAUAAAUAUUCAAUAUGACAUAAUAAUGCAUAAAGCAUGCAUACUAAAAUAAGUAAUUUGUUUUAAAUAAAAAUUGUUAAUCAAAGUUCUUGCCAUUGGUGAACACGAGAUCGAAUUUCGCAUGAAUAUUGCCGCCGAUCCCGGCGAACAUUGGUAAUGUAACCGAACACAAGUAACUGUACUCAGUAUAAGGUAUAAUCAGUCAUAGUUGUUUCAAAUACUAUUUUUAUUGUGUAUACGAUAUAUACAGUAUUGUAAACUACAAAAUAAAAGUUUUCAAAAUCA